AAAAAGUUCCACCGAGAUGCGCUGAGCAAAGGCCAGAGCCCCAGAAGAAAACAAGUGUGGCCUCUGAGCAAAGCUGACCUCACCCAAAGUGCAAACCCCACUGGCCCGGGUAGGGGAUCUGUGUGAUUGGCAAUGAGCCCUGUGCUGUCAGAGCUCCCGAGAGAGCUUCCAGGCUGGUUCCUGUUCUCUGGCAUCUUCCUGCCUGUGACUUUGCUGCUGCUCCUUCUCAUCGCCUACUUCAGGAUCAAGCUGAUGGAGGUUAAUGAAGAACUGUCACAGACUCCUGAUCACCAACACAGUCUCAACGCUGGCUUUUCCCCCUACCAGAGAAAGAAGCGGACCUGACCAUCAGUGGCCAAAGCACAGUGGAUUUCCGCUGAUCAGAGAGUAACAGUCAAUGGCUUAGCAAUAAAGUAGGUUAAUAAACCAGAUCCACAGCAAGAUAGAACACUAAGAUGCUUGGUCCGACCUAUAUUGAAAAGUGGCAGCUGUUGUCCAAGGGGACAGCUAUGAGACUCA